AUGAUAUCAUUGUUUACACUGUUUUUUAUUUUUAUCUAUCUAUCUAUCUAUCUAUCUAUCUAUCUAUCUAUCUAUCUAUCUAUUUUUUGGUCUCUCCCUCUCCCUCUCUCUCUCUCUCUCUCACUUUCUCUCUCUUUAUUUGUUUACACUGCGCAGAUCAUCCGUUCAUAUCUAUCUAUCUAUCUAUCUAUCUAUCUAUCUAUCUAUCUAUCUAUAUUUGGGAUAGAAAAUGACUCCACCGUUAGCAUUAGUAGAAGAUACGCGACUAAACACACACGCUUUUUCUAUCUAUCUAUCUAUCUAUCUAUCUAUCUAUCUAUCUAUCUAUCUAUCAGUAGAUUCAUUAUCUCUCUCUCUAUCUAUCUCGCUAUUUAUCUUAGUAUCUUCAUUUAUAUAAGUAUCUAUCCCAAUCUCUUCAUUAUCUAUCUAUCUAUCUAUCUAUCUAUGUUGCGUGUUCAUUAUCUAUCUCUAUCUAUCUAUCUAUCUAUCUAUCUAUCUAUGUUUGUUCAUUAUCUAUCUAUCUAUCUAUCUAUCUAUCUAUCUAUCUAUCUCAGUCCUAUUUAUAUCUGUCUUUAUGAAUAUCUAUCUAUCUAUCUAUCUAUCUAUCUAUCUAUCUAUCUAUCUAAGACUGUUCCUAUCUAUCUAUCUAUCUAUCUAUUUAACACGUCGUUAUGCCCUGGAAUACAUUUCUUUACCCCUGUCAAAUAUACGCAUUACUUGCUCAUUCACAGCUUCUGA